CUUUCCUAUCAAUCUGAUUAAACAAAUAAUCUUGUCGCGUCAAGACUUAAAAAUCCAUUACAAAUCUUGUAUAUUAAUACCAAGGUCGUCUCUCUUGUCUGUAAAUCAAAUCCUCAAUAAUUAAAAACAAAGCAAACGAAAACCCCCUUGAAACUCUCCUAAUCUCACAAGAACAUCACAAGAUCAAAGAAACCAAAGGAUCCAACUAAAAUAAAAAUGAUGAGCCCAGUUAGAUCUUCAUGCCCUUUGCCAAGAAAAUCAAGAAAAUCGAGCAAGAACCCUUAUUCAAAUCGUGGACUUGACAAAUUCUCUAAGCUUCUCUCUGAGCUCGACGAGAAGAGACAGAGUAUCUACUCCAAGAAGCUAGAUUCCGGUGGCCCGCCUCUUGUCCGGUUCGUGUUCACAAGCUCCGGCGAGUGUGUCCCCGUCGUGAUCAAAUCAUCUUAUCUUCAUAAACAGUGGAAGACCAAAGAUGUUGCUGCUGCUGCGGUUAAAGUCAAAACAGUGGUCAACGAAUCGAAAACAGAGGAGACGAAGAAAACAGAGCCUGAAACAGAGGAGAAACAGAGCUGUGUUUUGAACGAGAAUCUGAAGAAGAUCACGAGACCGAACCGGUUCUUUCCCGUGACUGUGAUCUUGGUUCUUGUUUUCUUGGCUUUAUUUGGGAGAUCUGUUGCGAUUAUGUGCACCUGUAUUGCUUGGUACUUGGUUCCAAGUUCCAACGAUCAAGGAACAAAGCGGAAACAGAGGAUCUUACUCAUACGCUAUGAAGAAGAAAGAUUUCGCUAGGAAAUUGAGUAUUGAAAACAGAACAUCGUUCAAUCCAAGAACUGUUCGUAAUCAUUCUCCUAGCAAGUAGAACUUUUGUUUUCUCGUGAAAAUACCGCGUGACCGAGCAAAAACGUUAUUUAGUUUAUUUCUUGUUACGUUUAGUAUUGUCUGUUUCUUUCAUAGUUGUUAAUUUUGAGACAGCUGAAUUAUCAGAAAAUUGUGUAAAUAUGCAAGUGGGCAAUGUUCUACAUAUUAUCUGCUGCCUACUGGGAACAUAGCUGAUAGCUUGAACAUAUAUAUCAAAAUACUAUAAUAACUAAAAAGACUGAUGAUGAUAAUAUCUAUAUUAUAAUAGUAUAUUUUCUAGGCUCCACAGCGCACCACGUCAGCAGUUUUGUGAGUCCCGUAGAUAUUUUUAAACACUCAUAGUCUUGGUAAGAUGAUUACAAACAAUGAAAUACACUUUAGCCAAGUGGUAUAAGAUGUCUAAUUAAGUUUGCAAGAUCGUGGAUUCAAACCACGUAGCUAUCAUGUAUUUUUGAUUUUUUUUAUUUGAGUUAUUAUCAUAUGGGCUUUUUGUUUAUAAGGUUUUUAUGUAUUUUUGGGCUUAUUUUUUUAAAUAUCAAAAUAGUUGGAUAAACCCUAAAUCUUAACAAGUUCAAACCCAAAAUAGUUAAAAAUGAAUCGCAAACGAACAAUAAAAAAACAAAAAAAAAGCAAGUCUCACGCGGUUGCCUACGCGGAUGGCUUAAAAAAACUUAAAACUAUCCUAUUAUAAUAUAGCUCAACAUAAAAAUAAUUAAAAAUAAAUCCAAAAACGAACAGACCAAAAAAAAAAAAGUGAAUUCCACGCGGGUGCCUACGUGGAUGGCUUAAUAAGGCUUGAAUAAUAUAGAUUA